AUGGCCGAAACUGAGACUAUCUCUACAAAUCCAAAUCUUCCUCGUCCACCUUCUAUCUCGUCUGACAAUACAAUACACGUUGCAUCUGUCCCAGCGGGCCCCGGAUCUGAGGAUGACACUCCUCCCUUACACGCAGUCAACGUCGCCCUGCGGUGGAACGGGUCAAAGACUAUGAUCUGGAGAGUACUGGCUACCUUCUGGUGUGCCUUAGUCAUGGGGUCCAAUGAUGCGGCAUAUGGAGCGAUAAUUCCUUACCUCGAGGUCUCUUACGAUAAGAGCUAUACUAUCAUUUCCCUAGUAUUCCUGUCACCAUUUCUGGGCUACACUGUCUCCGCCGUUGUCAGUAAUCUGAUCCACCAGCGCUUCGGUCGUCGAGGUGUGGCGUUUAUCGGCCCAGCAUGUCACUUGCUUGCCUUUGCCGUCAUAUCAAGUAAUCCUCCCUUUCCGGUGCUGGUGAUCAUGUAUAUCUUCGUCGGGCUUGGAAGCGGGAUCCAGAAUGCGGGGUGGAACGUGUGGAUCAGCAGUCUGGCCAACUCUCACGAAGUACUCGGAUGCUUUCACGGGUUCUAUGGUGUUGGGGCUACAGUCAGUCCUCUUAUUGCGACUACCCUGAUUACAAAAGCCGGCUGGCAUUGGAAUUCAUGCUAUUACCUCCUAAUGGGAGCUGCCGCUUUAGAACUCGUCAAUGCAACCAGCGCAUUCUGGACGGAGACCGGAUCCAAAUACCGACAGGACAAUCCGUCGUCCCCGGGUAGUAAUGGCAGUAGAUCUCCCAACCAGACCAGACUAUCACUGACCUACCGUGUCACCUGGAUCUGCGCCAUCUUCCUCUUCCUAUAUGGCGGUUGUGAGGUAGCCAUCGGAGGUUGGAUUGUCGUAUUCAUGACCAGUAUACGCCACGGCACUCCCUUCGCAUCCGGCAUGGCCGAAACAGGCUUCUGGCUCGGCAUUACACUGGGCCGCUUUAUAUUGGGAUUCGUCUCACCCCGCAUCGGCGAAAGACUAUCAAUCAUCGUAUAUAUCGUGCUUGCCAUUGUGCUGGAACUGAUCUUCUGGCUCGUUCCGAAGUUUAUCGUCUCGGCUGUGGCGGUUGCACUGGUGGGGUUCUUCUUGGGAACUAUUUUCCCCGGCGUCGUGGUCGUUGCUACUCGCAUGUUGCCGAAGCACUUGCAUGUCGCGGCUAUUGGUUUUGCGGCUGCGUUCUCUAUGGGUGGAGGAGCUGUCUUCCCUUUUAUGAUCGGGGCUAUUGCACAGGCUAAGGGAGUGGCGGUGCUGCAGCCUAUUUUGCUGGCGAUGUUGGCCGUUGCGCUGAUGAUUUGGGGAACACUGCUUCGAGCGCCCUUACAUCAGUCACAACAUCAAGUUUGA